CCAAUGUAUCAUGGCGCAUAUCAAAGAUAAGUCUCGCUCAAUCAACGAGGCUGGAAUGACUUCGAGGACCAUGACACAUCACGUCGGCCGAUGGCGUGCCUGCAGUGGUGGCAUCCGUCUAAGCCACUUCCAUAUUGAUCGUCACCGCUAUACCUCCCUUGACCUUCCAUACCCUGGGAAACUCACCUUCGCCAAGAUGUGGAUGUAGUCUUGUUAUGGGACAUACAUUUCCCGAUGAUGAGUAUUUAACAUGCUUGUCACGCCGCCGUUUGAUGCUUGGUUCUACCAUUGCCAACAUUUAUCAUGAAGACUGUUCUUUCAGUCAACGCAUUGUUGGCGUUAGCAGGUCCCGCUGCGGCUUACACUUCUUGGAGCUAUACCAAUGUGUCUGAUCCUUAUUAUGGACAGAGUCCUCCAGUGUAUCCUUCUCCUGCCGGCAAUGGAUCAAGCAGUCCUCAAUGGGCCAAUGCCUAUGCUCAAGCACGUAAUCUCUUAUCUCAGAUGACACUUGAGGAGAAGGUCAAUGUCACCCGCGGCUUCACUGGCACCUGCGUAGGCAACACCGGCGCUGUACCCCGUCUCGGUAUCGAGCCAAUGUGUCUUGCCGAUGCACCUGAUGGUAUUCGUGGCCAAGAGUUCGUCAGUGCAUUUCCUGCUGGCAUUCACGUUGCCGCGACCUUCGACAAGGAUCUGCUGUAUGCGUAUGGUCGUGCUUUGGGUGAGGAGUACCGUGGUAAGGGCAUUAAUAUUGCUCUUGGACCCGUUGCAGGUCCGUUGGGAAGAGUUGCCAGAGGUGGUCGUAAUUGGGAGGGUCUUUCGGCCGACCCUCACCUCGCUGGUGCGGGUAUGGGAGCCAUUACCAGAGGUAUCCAAGAUGUUGGCGUGAUCGCCACUGCAAAACAUUGGCUUCUGAACGAAGAAGAAUUCCGUCGUAAUCCAGCUGUCGGAGAAGGUGAAGCAAUGUCGUCCAAUACCGACGAUAGGACCCUUCAUGAGCUCUACGCCUACCCUUUCAUGGACUCGCUUCGCGAAAACGUUGGCGCUGUCAUGUGCAGUUAUCAGCGCGCCAACAACUCAUACGGCUGCCAGAAUUCGAAGCUGUUGAACGGUGUUCUCAAAACCGAGCUCGGCUUCCAAGGCUUCGUCAUGUCUGAUUGGGAGGCUCAGCACUCUGGUGUCGCGUCUGCAAACGCUGGUCUUGAUUUGAUCAUGCCCGACGGAGACUUUUGGGGCGGCAAUCUCACCAAUGCUGUCAACAAUGGCUCGGUAACUCUCGAUCGUCUCGACGAUAUGGUGACUCGUCAAUUAGCGUCCUUCUUCUACGUCGGUCAAGGCGACGGUUACCCUGCAGCAGCCGUGCACAGUAAUCUUCAACUCCAAGAACCCGUCAACGUGCAAGAAGACCACUCGGACCUGAUCAGAGAGAUUGGGGCUGCAGGAACUGUGCUUGUCAAGAACGUGAACAGCACUUUGCCCCUCAAGAAUCCUCGCUUCUUAUCCAUCUACGGAUAUGAUGCUACCAUAAAAGCAACCCCUUGGCAGAACCCAUCCAGAUACGGCGGUGGCUACGAAGUCAACUUCGGCUGGGAUACCUUCAACGGCACGAUGAUCACUGGUGGAGGUUCAGGUGGCAGCACGCCUCCUUAUGUGAUCUCGCCUUUCCAAGCCAUCCAGGAACGCAUUGCCAAAGAUAAAGGCACUCUUCGCUGGGACUUCUACUCCGAGAACCCUUCCCCACCCUACGUCAACACUGAUGCCUGCCUCGUUUUCGUCAACGCCUACGCAUCUGAGAGCUUCGACCGCACAACUUUGGCUGACGAGUUCAGCGAUAACUUGAUCAAGAACGUCGCCGCAAACUGCACAAACACCAUCGCUGUAAUUCACAGCGCUGGCAUCCGUGUCGUAGAGUCCUGGAUCGACCACCCCAACAUCACAGCCGUCCUUUUCGCCGGUCUCCCUGGUCAGGAAUCAGGUCACUCGCUAACUGAUAUCCUCUACGGCGAUGUUUCACCCUCCGGCCGUCUCCCCUACACCGUCGCCAAAAAGGAAGAAGAUUAUGGUAAUUUGCUCAAUUCGACAAUCUCCUUUGACCCUCAUCCUCAGUCCAACUUUUCAGAGGGUGUGUAUAUCGACUACCGCCAUUUCGACCGCUAUAACAUAACUCCCCGCUUCGAGUUCGGCUAUGGACUUUCCUACUCGACCUUCAAUUAUUCGAGAUUGCAGACUUCUAGACUCGCAGGUGGGAACUUGUCACCUCAUCCUGACGCUGGGGUUGCAAUAACACAAGGCGGACACCCUCAGCUCUGGGAUGAACUCUUCGCAGUCUCGUUCGAGAUUACGAAUACCGGCGAUGUGUUUGCGAAUGAGAUACCGCAAUUGUAUGUGGGGAUUGCCGAUGCGCCAAAGAAGCAACUGAGGGGGUUUGAGAGGGUGCCACUGCAGCCCGGGCAGAGCAAGAGGGUUAAUUUGCCAUUGACGAGGAGGGAUCUUAGUGUGUGGGAUGUGGUGGCUCAGCAGUGGAAGUUGCAGGCUGGGCAGUAUGCUGUCUGGGUCGGAGCGAGUAGUAGGGACAUCAAAUUGGAGGGGUCAAUCACUGUUUGAUAGGGAGUAGAUAGUCUUGAGAUUUGGAAAGUUGUAUAUAGCACAGAAGAAAGUCGGGAUCGCUCUUGCUACAACGAAUACGGAAUACGAUGUCAACGUUUCGGCAAGAAGUCGGUAUCGGCAAGACCUUCUCUUCUCAGC